AAUUUCGCGCCGAAGACGCGCGAGUGUGCUGCGAGACACGGUGACGGCUGGUUCGAGGAUUUUUUCUAACGUUUGAGAAACCCGUUUUACCGAAAAGUAAUGCCAUAAAUUUCGCAGUUCAUAAUUUCCGUUUAAUCGUAUAUUUCGUAUACCUCGUCCAGACCGAUUUCCAAUAUUUAUUUAUCGUCGUUCCACCCGACACUGUGCCCUCGUGCAUCACUGACAGAACACAGCAUAUCCUUCAAACCAUGGCUGCCUUGAAAGGGAUAAUCAACCUGUCGAGAACUCUUAAAACGAUGACGUCUACGUCUCGGCCCUGUUGUUUUCAAAUGUCGAAGAAGACCUACUUCACGUACGUGAACGAGCCUUCAAUGCCAAUACCAGGCAAGGAACCUUGUUGGCUUAAAACCGCCGACGAGGCCAUCGAACAGGCAGAGCUAGAUUCAGAUCAGGUGGUGUUCGUUCAGGGAGCAGCAGCAACACCUGUUGAAUCUUUAAGAGCAAUGACUGACUAUGGUGUCCGAUGCGAUGUGAGAAACGUGCGAUUGUAUCAUAUGCAUCUCGAGGGUGCUGCUCCAUUUGCAAAACCAGAAAACGCAAAACAUUUCAGGUCUAUUAGCUUGUUCAUCGGCGGCAAUGUGAGAGCAGCUGUUCAAGCUGGAACCGCGGACUGCGUUCCGAUUUUCCUGCACGAGAUUCCACGAUUAUUCAAGGAGGGACACAUCAAGCCUGAUAUCGCCCUUAUCCAAGUUUCUCCUCCCGAUGAGAACGGAUACUGUUCGCUUGGUACCAGCGUGGAUUGCGUGAGGUCUGCCGUGAGCAAUUCCAAAUACAUCGUAGCGUUGGUAAACAAACACAUGCCAAGGACAUUCGGCGACGCUAUCAUUCACGUUAGCCAUUUGGACUUCGCCGUGGAGCAUCACAUGCCGCUACCCAUGCAUCCUGUAAAAGCGCCGUCGAAGGAAGAGCAGCAAAUCGGUAAAAAUAUCGCAGAGAAUUUAGUAGUGGAUGGAGCCACGUUGCAAAUGGGUAUCGGUAGCAUACCGGACGCAGUGCUGUCUGCGCUGGGAAAUCACAAAGAUCUUGGAAUUCAUAGCGAAAUGUUCAGCGACGGCGUGGUCGACCUUGUACAUAAAGGAUGCGUCACGAAUAAUAGGAAGAAGAUGCACAAGGGUCGAAUCGUCGGGUCGUUCUGCGUUGGCUCUCAAAAGUUGUACGAUUUCAUGAACAAUAAUCCGUUCAUAGAGAUGCUAGUGGUGGACUACGUGAACGAUCCGAAAGUAGUAGCUAAGCAACCGAACAUGACAGCCAUUAACUCGUGUAUCGAGGUUGAUAUUACUGGACAAAUCUGCUCCGACAGUAUAGGAACUAGAAUGUACUCUGGAUUCGGAGGACAAAUGGACUUCAUCAUGGGCGCAGCUAUUAGCGAGGAUCGCUGUGGAAUGCCCAUUAUUGCGUUACAAUCCGCUACCUCGAAGGGUGAGAGCAAGAUUCAGCCUGUGCUCAAGUCAGGCGCUGGUGUCGUUACGAACAGAGCAGUCGCCCGCUAUGUCGUCACGGAACAUGGAAUUGCCAGUUUAUUUGGAAAAAGUCUUCAACAACGAGCAUACGAACUAAUUCAAGUCGCUCAUCCCGAUCACAGAGAGGUUCUGGAGAAAGCAGCAUUUGAACGUCUGAAGGUUAUGCCAGCGCCAUAAGCGUUUCAUUGAGAAUGUAACAUCAACAAAUUUUAAUAGCAUUUCGCGACAGUCUGCUGCGCACAAUGAACAAUCAUUUGUGCUGAAGAACGCCAUCGCAAACUAUCUCUCGAUUUCGUUUAAUUUUCUUCUUGUCAGCAAAAUAAACGCAUAGAAUCGUAAUAGUCGAAAGCAGACACUCGACACCGCGUAUAACCACAUUCUGAAUAAUUAUGAGAAGGUUUUUCGUUGUAAACAUUCAGGGGAAUUACCGAUUCUCGAAAAGAAAUCUGAAAACUGCGUUUACUUUGGACAAGUAUUUAACGUUAAAAGCAUCGACCGAAAACAGUAUAUAAUUUAAAGCUAAAAUAACGACGAUAAAUACUUUUUAUAUGAAAUUUAAAAACGUUCCUCUGUAUAAUACAAUUAUCCUUAUAAUUAGAGGCACAUUGCAUUUGAAACAAUAAAUUUAAAAUAGAAUGUACAUACAUGUA